UCUUCUCUGUAUUGUUCCAAUUUUAGUAUAUGUGCUGCCGAAGCUGUGCGGCUGUGCAGUGGCCUAUGGGAAGCUGAGUGACAGGAAGGCUGUUAGGGGAAGGUAGCCACUGAGACAUUCCCAAGGUGAUAAAACAAGGUUGAAAACCAACAAGAUCUAAUGUGAGAGGGGGACGGGGGGAAUGAGGUUACUGGGGAAUCCUGCAUGUUUGGCCAGAGACAAGUGCAGAUGAUUUACCCUUGUGCUGAACCUUCUUUGACCCUACAUGGUACAAGAUACUGGUAUUGUGUUCUUUGAGUAACAAUGCUUUGGAGCGCUCCAGUUACUAGAUGGGAAAACAAACCAUGGAGAAAACCCUCACUCAAAGCUGUGGCAAUGCUGGAGUGAGUUUCAUGAAUGGUUGGGGUGGCAUGUACAGAACCUAGACCUCAGAAGCAAGAUGUUCAACGUCAGCUGUAAGGAUAAAGCUCACUUCUGUCAGUCACACAUUUAUCACCACCUAGAGAAGCUCAUUGGGAAUGAAUGCAACCCGGCUGCUUGCCAUCAGGACCUGCUGGGGACACAGUCACACAAACAGCUUUGUCACCUAACAGCAGAUCAGGCAGCCAAGAAUAGCCAGGAACCAAGUCCCACAGAAAAUGGUUUCAAGCACUGGAGGCCACAAGAUCACAGAGUAUUAUUGGAGCAAAAUAUGUGGUCACUUGGCCAAAGCCUAUGAGGGUCAACAGGCAAGAAACAGGUUCAGCAACCAAAUGGACCUAGAGGCUUGAUAUAGCUUCCAGUGAACUGCAGCCAAUAUCUGGUGGAGGAAGUGAGGCUGUGUCGGGAGCAUAGGGCAAAUGCUAUAAGGAGCUGGUUUUGCCUUCCGUCCAUGAACCCAGAGCUGUGUGCAGGCUUCCUGGGUACAGGGUCAAAUCCUUGGAAUGACUGUGAACCGUGGUGUCUUCAUUGGUGGCCUGUAUUAUGUUGCUUCUGGCCUGAAACCUGCAAUGUACAGACCCGGUAGUGGCUGCUUUGUAGAACUGCCUGGGACACAUGAUUAAAGCCUACGGGAGCUGCCAGGAAGCAGGAUAAAUACAGGUGAGGUGGAUCCAGUAUCCUUGAGCCCCACGACCAUGGACAGAAUGACUAGGGAACAUCCCCUGUCCAGACAAGAGAAGGUGAAGACUGUGAGCAGUCUCUUGAAGCAGGCCCCACCAGAAGAAUUCUGUGAGGCCUUCAGCGAUCUGCGCCUGCUGGUGGGUGAUGACAGCUUGAUGUGCCAGGAAGCUGCUUCCCUCUGUGCCCUGCACAACAAGCUCCACUUCACCCCAGUCAGGAGGAAGGAGUGUGAGGUGCUGCUGACCCGCCACAACGAGCUGGAGGAAAACCACUUCCUUGACUCCCAGAGACAGGUCUCUUUCAAAUUUGACCACUUGAGGAAAGAGGCAAGUGAGUUUCAGGCUCACCCACAGGAAGAUGAGAAAGGUGAGGCAUGGAGAAGGGCCCUGUAUGAGGGCCUGAAAGCAUACGUCAGCAGCCACUAUCCUGGGGGAAUUUGCAGUGUCUUCAUCAAGGAUACAGCAAUCCGGAAAAUCCUCAUCGCCUGCAUUGCGGGUCGUCUGCACCGACCCUCAGCCUUCUGGAAUGGCCUGUGGAAAUCAGAGUGGACUUUCACCUUGACUCCCACUUCCACUUCCACCCAAGUGACCGGGACCAUCAUGGUGCAUGCUCACUACUUUGAGGAUGGCAACAUACACUUGACAGUGUGCAAGGAUGUGGCAGUGAGUCUGCCUGUCACCACGGAGACCCAGACCUCCCAGGACUUUGUGAAACUGCUGGAGGAUGCGGACAACCAGUUCCAGGAUGGGCUGAUGGAAGAAUACCAGAGGAUGAGCAAUACCCACUUGAAGGCUUUCCGAAGACAGCUGCCCAUCACCCACAGCAUGAUAAACUGGGAGAAAAUAGUGACAGCUAAGAUAGUGGAGGCACCUGCUGCCCAAUGAAAGGCCAGUUUGUAUGGGAUCUCUGAAUAAAGUGUUCAGGGAAGGGAGAAAGUACUAAACAUCCUAUAAAAUAAAUAGAGAAAAGAAAAAUUGAAAAAAAAUAAGAGAAAACGAAGGCCAGAAGAAUUCUAUGGUGUCAAGAGCCAGAGCGCUCUCCUGGGGGGUUGGGAGAUCCAAGUGGAAGUGUUCUGCUGACCACAGGAUAAGUGCUCACACAGAUCGAUACGCAGUCACAUUGUGUGUCAGCUUGUUGAUAAAGUGGAGGGAGUUCUAAGAAGAGCAACCAAAUUGAUGAGUGGGCUUCAGAGAGAGAGUGUGAUUUAAUGAUAGAGCACUGGACAGCACAUGCCCUCUGUCUCCCCACCUCUCAGGCUCUUCAAUACACAAGACCCUAGUUACAUAGUACACCCGUUCUCCGGGACUAGUUUAUUAGCAUAUCAUAACUUAAACAGUCUCUCUUCCCAAUCCCUCAGAAGGACAUGGUUCUUCCUUUUUGUGGUCUGGCUGCUUUGCCCUUUCAAGCCAUCUUUCUCUUCUCAGCCUACCAGACAAAUACAGUUUCUCAGUCUCCCACUAGAUAAACGCAAUUCCUCCUUCCCAAAGUCUGGUCUUCAGUUGUCCACAGCCAAAGUUACAACCUCAGCUUCUCCAGCUUGUUCCCCGAAUCACAGAAUAUCAAGUUGGAAGGGACCUCAGGAGAUCAUCUAGUCCAACCCCCUACUCAAAGCAGGA